UCAACUGCCCCCAUCAGAGUCCCCCUUACAUCAACUGCCCCCAUCAGAGUGCCCCCUUACAUCAACUGUCCCCAUCAGAGUGCCCCCUUACAUCAACUGUCCCCAUCAGAGUGCCCCCUUACAUCAACUGUCCCCAUCAGAGUCCCCCUUACAUCCACUGUCCCCAUCAGAGUCCCCUUUACAUCAACUGUCCCCAUCAGAGUCCCCCUUACAUCAACUGUCCCCAUCAGAGUGUCCUCCUUACAUCAACUGUCCCCAUCAGAGUGUCCCCCUUACAUCAACUGUCCCCAUCAGAGUGUCCCCCUUACAUCAACUGUCUCCAUCAGAGUCCCCCUUACAUCAACUGUCCCCAUCAGAAGUCCCCCUUACAUCAACCGUCCCCAUCAGAGUCCCCCUUACAUCAACCGUCCCCAUCACAACUGUCCCCAUCAGAGUCACCCUUACAUCAACUGUCUCCAU